AUGGGAGCGGGAUCGGCGCUGGGGGCCCGAGGCACAGCAGCGGCGGCGGCGGCGGCGCGCGGGGGCGAGGCGGAACGCCAAGGGUUAAUAGGGGCUUCGCCCCCGGCCGGGCGAGAGUUGGCGAGCGCUGCCUGCCCUGCCGCGCCUGGCCCGGCUGCCCGGCUGCCUGAUCCCGUUGGGGCGGGGGCAGAGCUGGCCCGGGGGUCGGGGGUGGGGGAAGGUGAAAUUGGAUCAUUGCCUUUGCCCAUCUUGGCAAGAGCCAUGGAGCAGAGCUUUAACCCUUCCUGGCCCCAGAGUUGCCGAGGGCAGGGCUUCCUAUGUGCUGCUUCCUACCCGCUGACCUUGGCGAAUCCAUCUGUGAAAAGCGAGGUUGUGUUUGUCCGUUGCCGCCUCUGCUUGUGUCUCCUGGUCUCUAGGGGGUGUCUCUUCUCCUGGAUCUUAGUCGCGUUUGCCUGUCACCUGGCCUCCACCCAAGGAGCUCCUGAAGAUGUGGAUGUCCUCCAGCGGCUGGGCCUCAGCUGGACGAAGGCCGGGAGCCCUGCACCCCCGGGAGUCAUUCCUUUCCAGUCGGGCUUCAUCUUUACGCAGCGGGCCCGGCUCCAGGCUCCCAUGAGUGCCAUCAUUCCUGCCGCCCUGGGCACAGAGCUGGCGCUGGUGCUGAGCCUCUGCUCCCACCGGGUGAACCAUGCCUUCCUCUUCGCCGUCCGCAGCCGGAAGCACAAGCUGCAGCUGGGCCUGCAGUUCCUCCCCGGCAAGACGGUCGUCCACCUGGGGUCCCGGCGCUCGGUGGCCUUUGACCUCGACAUGCACGACGGGCGCUGGCACCACCUGGCCCUUGAGCUCCGGGGCCGCACAGUCACUCUGGUGACGGCCUGCGGGCAGCGCCGGGUGCCUGUCCUGCUGCCUUUCCACAGGGACCCUGCACUCGACCCCAGGGGCUCCUUCCUCUUUGGGAAGAUGAGCCCACACGCAGUCCAGUUUGAAGGUGCUCUGUGCCAAUUCAGUAUCUACCCUGUGACGCAGGUCGCUCACAAUUACUGUACCCGCCUGAGGAAGCAGUGUGGACAGGCUGGCAUGUACCAGUCCCCGCUGGGACCUCUCUUCCCCCAAGACUCCAGCAGAGCUUUCACCUUCCAGUCCGACCUCGCCCUGCUAGGCCUGGAGAACCUGACCACUGCCACACCAGCCCUGGGGUCACGGCCAGCAGGCAGGGUACCCGGGGUGACUAUGGUGCCCACCAAGCCCCGAAGGACUAGCCCUACCAACCCUCACCAGCAGAUCGCGGUGGGAGGCCCAGCCCAAACCCCACUACCACCUGCCAAGCUGCCAGCCCGUAAGGCCCUUGCUCCUGCGCUCCCAGCGUCUCUUGCCGGCUCUACCAGAAUGCCUCGUCCUGUGGCCGCUCAACCAUCACAGAAGAUCACAGCCACCAAAAUCCCCCAAAGCCUCCCUAUCAAACCUUUAGCCCCUUCUCCUUCAAGUGUCUCUGCCAGAAACUCCCAAACGACCCAGAAAACGGCUCCACCUUCAUUUACAAAGUCAACCCCACCCACUCAGAAGCAAGUGCCACCUACUUCCCGUCCAGUUCCUGCCAAAGUCUCCUGUCCCACAGAGAAGCCCAUCCAGAGGAACCCAGGAAUGCCCAGGUCCCCACCGCCUGGCACCCGGCCCCUACCUCCUGUCACUAGCUCCUCUAAAAAACACACUCCCACGGUAGUUCAGACUGAGGCCAAGAUGACCAGCCAUGCCAGUAAGCCGGCCUCUGCCCGCACCAGAACCCACAAACCUCCCCCAUCCACCGCUCUAGCCUCCUCUCCUGCCCCGACUCCUGGUUCCACCAGGACUCGUCGGCCACCAGCCAUGAUGGUGCCUCCAACCUCGGGCACCAGUGCUCCCAGAACAGCACCUGCCAUCCCCACUCCUGGCUCAGCUCCCACCAGAAGCAAGAAGCCCACUGGAUCGGAAGCUUCAAAGAAAGCUGGACCCAAGAGCAGCCCCCGAAAGCCCGCCCCCCUCAGACCUGGGAAGGCAGCCAGGGAUGUCCCCUUGAGCGAUGUGACAACCAGGCCUAGCCCCAGACAGUCCCAGCCCAGUCAGCAGACCACCCCAGCCCUGGUACUGGCCCCAGUGCAAUUCCUGUCCUCCAGCCCCCGGCCCACGAGCAGUGGCUAUUCGUUCUUCCACCUGGCUGGAUCUACGCCUUUCCCUCUGCUGAUGGGGCCUCCAGGGCCCAAGGGAGACUGUGGUUUGCCGGGUCCCCCUGGGCUGCCUGGGCUACCUGGAAUCCCUGGUGCACGUGGGCCUCGGGGUCCUCCUGGGCCUUAUGGAAAUCCAGGUCUCCCUGGCCCUCCUGGAGCCAAAGGACAGAAAGGGGACCCAGGGCUCUCACCAGGAAAGGCCCAUGAUGGGGCAAAGGGCGACAUGGGCUUGCCCGGGCUCUCUGGGAAUCCAGGACCUCCAGGACGAAAGGGACACAAGGGCUAUCCUGGACCGGCAGGGCAUCCUGGAGAACAGGGGCAGCCAGGACCUGAGGGCAGCCCAGGGGCCAAAGGUUACCCUGGCAGGCAGGGGUUACCUGGACCGGUAGGAGAUCCCGGCCCCAAAGGCAGCAGGGGCUACAUUGGACUCCCAGGACUCUUUGGCCUGCCAGGAUCUGAUGGAGAGCGAGGCCUGCCUGGUGUUCCUGGCAAGAGGGGCAAGAUGGGUAUGCCGGGGUUUCCUGGAGUCUUUGGGGAAAGAGGCCCUCCCGGACUGGAUGGAAACCCUGGAGAACUGGGCCUGCCAGGCCCCCCUGGAGUCCCCGGCCUCCUUGGUGACUUGGGAGUGUUGGGUCCGAUUGGCUACCCAGGACCCAAGGGCAUGAAGGGACUGAUGGGCAGCGUGGGGGAGCCCGGACUGAAAGGUGAUAAGGGUGAACAAGGGGUUCCAGGUGUGUCAGGAGACCCCGGAUUCCAAGGAGACAAGGGGAGCCAGGGGGUACCAGGGUUCCCUGGCGCACGGGGGAAGCCAGGGCCUCUGGGCAAAGUUGGAGACAAAGGAUCUAUUGGGUUUCCUGGGCCCCCUGGACCCGAGGGAUUCCCAGGAGACAUCGGCCCCCCUGGGGACAACGGCCCAGAAGGCAUGAAGGGUAAGCCUGGAGCCCGAGGCCUGCCGGGACCCCGUGGGCAGCUGGGGCCCGAGGGAGAUGAGGGACCCAUGGGGCCACCAGGGGCCCCUGGCUUGGAGGGUCAGCCUGGCAGGAAGGGGUUUCCUGGGAGGCCCGGCCUGGAUGGCGUGAAGGGGGAACCAGGGGAUCCUGGCCGGCCGGGGCCUGUGGGAGAGCAGGGACUCAUGGGAUUCAUUGGUCUGGUCGGGGAGCCGGGAAUUGUGGGAGAAAAGGGUGAUCGUGGCAUGAUGGGACCCCCAGGCGCACCUGGACCCAAGGGGUCGAUGGGUCAUCCUGGAAUGCCAGGUGGUAUGGGGACCCCUGGAGAGCCUGGACCCCAGGGUCCUCCAGGAUCUCGAGGCCCACCAGGUAUGAGGGGAGCAAAGGGACGCUGGGGCCCCCGAGGACCGGACGGACCAGCUGGGGAGCAAGGGUCCCGGGGCCUGAAGGGCUCUCCAGGACCCCAGGGCAGACCGGGCCAGCCUGGACAGCAGGGUGUGGCUGGUGAGCGAGGCCACUUGGGCUCGCGAGGCUUUCCUGGCAUCCCGGGUCCCUCAGGCCCCCCGGGCACCAAGGGCCUCCCAGGAGAACCGGGCCCUCAGGGACACCAGGGGCCAACUGGGCCUCCAGGAGAGAUGGGACCCAAGGGGCCGCCGGGUGCAGUGGGAGAACCAGGCCUUCCUGGGGAAGCCGGGAUGAAGGGUGACCUUGGACCCCUGGGCACCCCUGGGGAGCAGGGCCUCAUUGGGCAACGGGGAGAGCCAGGCCUGGAGGGUGACAGUGGCCCCAUGGGGCCUGAUGGGCUGAAGUCACAGCUAAGCCAGUGCAGACUGACCACGGGCCCUAGGCCUGGCAGCCCCGAUGGAGGCGACCUUCUGAGGGGCGGCGUCCCUGCCCAUGCGGCACUCCUCACACCAGCUCUGCUCACGGUGAUGAGGAGUCAAAUCCUUAAGUUCUGUGACACUGUCCCCACUACACAGCAGAGGAUGCUGAGCCCAGGAAGCUGGGUCACGCUCAAGGUCACACGGGUAUUGAGUGGCAGAAUUGGUUUGGAACCGGCCGUCUGCCUCCAAAGCCAACAGUCUGGCCACCUCGCGGAUCCACCUCAACUUCCUCUCUUCUCUCAUCUUUCUCUUGCUGUUUCCCCCCUCUCCCUUCAGGGUCCUGAAGGAAAAUCAGGGAAGCAAGGCGAGAAGGGCCGCACUGGAGCCAAGGGUGCCAAGGGCUACCAAGGACAGCUGGGUGAGAUGGGCGUCCCUGGAGACCCCGGACCCCCUGGCACCCCCGGCCCUAAAGGGUCCCGGGGCAGCCUGGGACCAACGGGUGCUCCGGGACGCAUGGGGGCCCAAGGAGAACCGGGACUGGCUGGUUAUGAUGGACACAAAGGCCUCGUGGGAUCCCUCGGACCUCCUGGGCCAAAAGGCGAAAAGGGGGAGCAGGGUGAGGACGGCAAGGCUGAGGGGCCCCCUGGGCCGCCUGGAGAUCCGGGCCCUGUGGGUAAUCAAGGAGACCGUGGGGAACCUGGAGACCCUGGAUACCCAGGACAGGAGGGUGUGCAGGGCCUCCGUGGAAAGCCAGGCCAGCAGGGCCAACCCGGGCAUCCAGGACCCCGGGGGCGGCCCGGACCCAAAGGAUCGAAAGGCGCAGAGGGACCAAAGGGAAAGCAAGGCAAGGCAGGGGCCCCAGGCCGGAGGGGUGUCCAGGGCCUGCAGGGGCUGCCAGGGCCCCGGGGCGUGGUAGGAAGACAGGGCCCCGAGGGCAUCGCUGGACCAGAUGGGCUUCCUGGCAGGGACGGGCAAGCGGGACAGCAGGGGGAGCAGGGAGACGAUGGGGACCCUGGUCCCAUGGGCCCUGCUGGGAAGAGAGGAAAUCCAGGUGUGGCUGGCUUGCCUGGAGCACAGGGGCCCCCAGGAUUCAAGGGUGAGAGUGGGUUACCUGGACAGCUGGGUCCCCAUGGCAAGCGAGGGACCGAGGGCAGAACGGGGCUCCCUGGAAACCAGGGGGAGCCUGGGUCCAAAGGCCAGCCGGGCGACUCUGGCGAGAUGGGCUUCCCAGGAAUGGCAGGUCUCUUUGGACCCAAGGGCCCCCCUGGAGACAUCGGCUUCAAAGGCAUCCAGGGCCCUCGGGGGCCGCCUGGCUUGAUGGGAAAGGAAGGCAUCAUUGGGCCCCUUGGAAUCCUGGGACCUUCGGGACUCCCGGGUCCGAAGGGUGACAAAGGCAGCCGUGGGGACUGGGGAUUGCAAGGUCCGAGGGGUCCUCCCGGCCCCAGAGGGCGGCCCGGCCCCCCGGGUCCUCCAGGGCGUUCUAUCCAAUUUCAACACGAUGACCUUGGGGCAGCUUUCCAGACGUGGAUGGACACCAACGGAGGACUCAGACCAGAGGGUUAUAGCUAUCCGGACCGGCUGGUGCUGGACCAGGGAGGAGAGAUCUUUAAAACCUUACACUACCUCAGCAACCUCAUCCAGAGCAUUAAGACGCCCCUGGGCACCAAAGAGAACCCCGCCCGGGUCUGCAGGGACCUCAUGGACUGUGAGCAGAAGAUGGUGGACGGUACCUACUGGGUGGAUCCAAACCUUGGCUGCUCGUCCGACACCAUCGAAGUCUCCUGCAACUUUACACACGGUGGACAGACGUGUCUCAAGCCCAUCACGGCCUCCAAGGUCGAGUUUGCCAUCAGCCGGGUCCAGAUGAAUUUCCUGCACCUGCUAAGCUCCGAGGUGACCCAGCACAUCACCAUCCACUGCCUUAACAUGACCGUGUGGCAGGAGGGCACUGGGCAGACCCCAGCCAAGCAGGCUGUGCGCUUCCGGGCCUGGAACGGACAGAUUUUUGAGGCUGGGGGUCAGUUCCGGCCCGAGGUGUCCAUGGAUGGCUGCAAGGUCCAAGAUGGCCGCUGGCAUCAGACGCUCUUCACCUUCCGGACCCAAGACCCCCAACAGCUGCCCAUUGUCAGUGUGGACAACCUCCCUCCUGCCUCAUCAGGGAAGCAGUACCGCCUGGAAGUUGGACCUGCGUGCUUCCUCUGACCUCUGACCUCUUGGCCCCUCUAGGCCUCGUGGAGGAGGAAGAGGAAGAGGCAAGGGGAGGGUGCCGAGGAACAGAUGGCUCCAGGAGAGGCAGCUCCCCUGCCCAAGUGUCCUUGGGCAGACCCCAGCUGUUGUCUGCCCAGUAGAAGUGGGUGGGGAUAGGAGGGGAUAGUGUGUCCUUGGGAACAGUGGAUCCCAGCUUAGCCCCAAAGACCAACCAAAGAGCCAGCCAGAGCAAGCUGGACCUGCAACCUGCCUGAGCCCCAUGGCCUGUCUCUCAGCUCUACGGCCACCCCCUUCCCUCCCCAGCUUCCUGCCCAAAGAGCCCCACAUUCAAGCCAACUUGAGGGAAGGGGGCAUCUCGUCAGCUGGUCCCUGCUAGGGAGCUAUUGAUGUGCAAUAUUAGAAAGGAGACAUGAAAAAAGGAGAAAAGGAAAGACAGAAGUAUAUAUAUAUAUAUUAUUUAAACAACCACAAAGAAGGUGCGUUACUAUUUUUUUCCCCUGGGAAAUUGUUGAGAGGAUGGGAAGGAGCGGCCAGGCGUGGGAAGCGGCGAGAUCCUCGGGCUGGGGGUGCCCACGUUUGCUACCUCCCACUGUGAAAUCGCUGGUGCUCGCAGUUGUCUCUCGUAGUGUAUAUGAUUUUUUUAAGGAAAAAGAAAAACCCUAUUUAAGAUUCUGAAGGUGCUACCAUUAUUUUGCCACAGACUUUGAAGAAACUUUUGGAUGUGGGGUAUCAUCCACAUCUCUCUCUCUCUCUCCUCCAAAUGACAAAGUUUGGGGAAUUUUUGAAUUUUCCUAGCAUCACCCUUGUGCUCAUCAGGUAAUCUGCUAAGGAGG